AUGUCUUUUGCAUUUGGAUUCACGGAUGAGGAUCUCAAUGACGUCGAUAUUCAUGACACUAAAGUAGAGCCUACCCUGAAAGGCAAAAUUGAAAGUGCAUUAGAGACAUUUAAUGUCCUUCCAGAACAUCAACCAAGAAUUCAUUGCUUGAGUUCCAUACUUCAAACAUUGGAAGGUGUACGACUCACAUUUGACAAUUACAUCACAGCUGGCGGACAUAUAGUUUAUCGAAGGGAGCUUUAUGAUGUUAAACAUCAAAUUAUGAUGGAGGAGAAAGAUGUGCUGAGCAAACUCAGCGAAUUGUUAAUUGAGCGUAACGAUGCAGACGUCCAAAGUAAUGUUUACGAAGGAGGAUUCAAGAGUUGGGAAUGCUCGUUUGAUGUAGUUGAUGCAAUACACGCCGUUACGGAAAAAUCUGGUUUGCUUAAUCUGUCGAUAUUAGAAUUAGGUUGCGGAACAGCUUUACCUAGCUGCUACAUCAUAAAAAGAAAAUUUGAAGAAAGAGAUCAUCGUUCAAUGAGCCUACUUGUAUCCGAUUUCAACUUUGAAGUGCUCAGGUUAGUCACUAUCCCCAACAUAAUGAUCAAUUGGGCAUCAACACUUGCAGUGGAAGAGCUACACAGAUUGACAACCGACGAAGUCAACAGCCGAUUUGAAAAUAACGAAGUGUUUAUUACCAAGGAGUUGAUACAGGAGUUUGAGAAGCAAUUACAGUUAUACAAUGUCCAGAUUGUGCCAGUAUCGGGUUCUUGGGGACGCGAGUUCAACCAAUUGGUUGGACAGUACAAAAUUGACUUCAUCAUAAGUUCUGAAACAAUUUACUCACCUGACACGCUACCUGUGGUUGCCGAGUCCAUAAAGAACAUACUAGAGAAUGCUGGUACCACACAUGGACAAGCUCUAAUUGCGGCAAAAAAUAUCUACUUUGGCGUUGGAGGAUCAGUUGUUGACUUUUUGACCUAUCUCAAUUCGAUUAAGAACUCUCAUUUUGAAAUUGAGGUGAAGGAGAUUGCCGAUUCACUGUUGAGAAGGUCGUUGAUAACAAUUGAGUAUAAAUGA